AUGCUGUUGCUGUAUGCAAAUAAGGAAGUCAUGAGGGUAGCUGCUGGUUCUUUCGCAGCGUCGUCGCGUGUCGGCAACCUCUUCCGGAGAAACAUGCCUAAGUGCAGCGAUGAUUUUUCCCAUUUCACCGAAGACGACAAAUUCUACCUGAUUGACCUAGUACAAGAGCGUAAAGUAUUGUGGCUAGAGGAUCACUGCGAUUACAAGAACAGUGCUGUAAGGAUGCGAAAAUGGCAUGAAAUACAGCAAGCUUUCUCACACAAAGGCAAACAAAUUCCAAUUAUCGAGCUACAAAAACACUGGAGAACAUUGCGUGAUACGUAUGUCAGGAAACAACGGUAUAUGAAAGAAGCCCUUCAGCAACCAAAUGGUGCAGAAUCAAGGGUUACUAGAAGGAUAAUGGCUUGGCCAUUUUAUGAACGAAUGGUGUUUCUGACGUUAUUUGCAGGAGAAAACAGCAAUUCCCGCCGUUCACGUUCAUCACCGAAAAGGGAGCCUGAAUGUUCUCCGAAGCUUGAGCUGCCUUGUAGUUCUGAGAAAGAGGAGAAACAAACAAAAGAUGGUGAUCAUGCUUUGUCAGUCCUUGAAGCCUUUGCCAGAGAUUUUAACAGCCAUACUGUUCCUCCUCCAGGCGACGAAUGGGACAUUUUAGGAGCAUCUCUGAGUAUUCGUCUGAGGGAACUAGCCGUUAGUGAUCGGGUUAAGGCCCAAGAGUAUCGUUUGGAGGUAGACCAGCUCAUCCUGAAUAUUGGAAAAAGCAUCAUUGAAUGUGCCCGAGCAUCACAAUGA